UGUGACGACUGACGAGACAGCAACAGACAGACAGUAAAAUAAAUGAUAAUAAUUGAGUGUUCAUUUGUACAGAAUGGUAAUUGGUAUGAGUAAGCGCGGCACCAUACAAUUAUUACAAUAUUCAUGUGGAUUCUGGUUAAUUUGGUUAUUCAGCUGAUCCCUCGCAAUAAACCGGAUUUAAAUCGUAGGUAAUAAAAAUAUAUAACAACAAAGAAAUUUCUUGUCCGCGGUUGGUAUCAUGCUUGAAUGAAAUCUAGUCUGUGCUUCAACGCGCCCGCCCUGAGGCUUCGACUAUCAUAAUCACUUAUCAGACACCAGUAAUCAGUGAAAUCGACUACGUUUCAGUCGCCCGACGAUCAUUGUUUAGUGUUUUCACGUUUGCCGUUGUGUUUCCGCCAGUGUUUUUUAACUCUCGGACGAUUUUUGUGAACUGGACUUCAGAGUUAUGAAAAUAAUGAAAAGCCAUCCUUCGACGGUCUAUACGCAUCUUAGAAACUUAAAGUCGAAUUGUGCCAUAGCCAAAGCGUAUUCUUAACCAGAAUCAGUUAUCCAGCUACGGCGUUCAAUAACUAGCACCUACGUCUUCUAGUCAAUCAAUUCCUAUCGUCAACAUGAGUUCAACGGAUCGUUCAAUAUCAUCUGGGUUUCCAAUUCCUCAGUGGAUGAAAUCUAAAAUAAACGAUCGGUAUGACUUAGACCAACCAUCAUUUAAUCCACAAGAAACAGAUGACAGCUUCUUUUUAGUUCGUUAUUUAAAACCUGACACAGUAAAUCAAAAACGCAGUGAUAGCACUAAAAAUAAACCAGCUGAAGAAAAAUUAGCAGAGAAAACAGUUCAAAAUUUAAAAAAAAUGCCUCCAGCAUUGAUUGUUACUGAAACACCAGAAUAUAAGGGCCAUACAAUUGCUUGUCAACGCUUCAUUACAAAUACUUGUGCUGACGCAGUGGCUGCAGCAAGUUUGGGUGAAAAUAUAAUUGAUCCUCCAAAAUCAUUAGGUAUUGAUGAUGGUUUUAAAAGUGGAGCUUCUGAAUGUGGUAAAUCUAUUGUGGCAAUGGCACAUCAAAUGGUGUCUGGGCGGAGAGCGUAUCAAGGACGUUCAUCGGGUCCUCAAGAUAUGCUUGUCGUAGGACCAUCUCCAUCAAUGUUGUCUAAACGACGUAACAGCAAAUCGCUCCCUGCAAGUCCUAUAAGUUCACCUCCUGGAUCACCGCGGUCAAUUCGUAAAAAUCCAUAUUUCACAGCACCAUUUCAAGAUGAAUCUGGAGAUAAACAUGGCUCAUCGUGGAUAUUAUCAAACUUAUUUUCACACAGAGCUGAUUCACAAGAAGAAUUAUCUGAUAAAGAAUAUAAGAAAUUCCCUAAACCAUUGUCUUCUAGCAAUUUAUCCAUAAAACCCAAACCUUCAGAGCUAAGAGAGAUGAAUUUCUGGACACCUACAUCAAUGUAAACAUUAAGGCUCAACAAAAAAAUGAUUCGAUUUAUGAAGAUUUUCUGCACUUUUGGUUAUAUUAUUAAUUUGUGUUUUGACAUUAUUUUAUAUGUAAUACAUGUAUUUAUCCUUAUUUUUCUUAUAAUCUCCUUAAAUUAGUACUUGUAAAAAAAAUCAUUAUUAAUUUUAAGUUUUCAUUGUUAUUUUUCUUUUCCUUGUAUUUAUUUUAUUUUAGAAUAUUAAGUAUCAAAAUAAUAAUGAUAUGAAGACAAUACAUAAUAUAGUGCGCAUCUUUUAUAUGUAUAAGAUAUAACUAUAUAAGUAAUCUUUCAAUUUUAAUAUUCGUAAUUUCUGUUCUGUCAUUGUUUUUAUUCUCUAAUCCCUCCUAAAGUUUGUAUACAUUUUUUUUUUUUUUACUCGAGUAUUAAUAUAAAUCACUUUUGAACUACUGUACUAUUGAACGUAUGUAAAUAUAUCAUUGACAUUGCCAUUGUGGCAUACAUUUGAUAUUGUAAUCGGCCAAUUGAAAAAAUAUUGUGCGAAAUAACGCAGAUGAUAUCAAGAUUAUGGUUAUCUAUUAUAUUAUCUAUUUUUAAAUUAAAUUAUUUUGCGUAUCGUA